AUGGAAAGGAAUAAUAAUAAGGGAGGUGUUGGAGAGAGGAUGGCGUCAACAUCAUAUAAAACACAAAACCCAAUGGAGUUAACUUGGGGAUGUUGCACAAUGGAUUUGGAUGACAGCGCAUUUCUUCAAUGUGCUAAAUGCAAGCAUGCUUACCAUACGGCUUGCUUACCUGGCACUUAUAUAGAUCCUGCUACUUCCGAUGGUCUAAUGAAUUUUCUGUGCCCACUCUGCGAUAAAAGGAAGCCGGGUAAAAACGACAACACCCCAAUUCGUUUUAAUUCAAACGCAAUAAUGACGAGAUCUACUAAGCGACAAGCAUUGAAUUCCCCCCCAAAUGAGAAACCAAUAACGAAUAGUGAAAUGCAAGAAAUCAUUAAGAGUAUGUUAAUGGAGGUUCAGGUGUCUAUGCGUAAUAUGAUAACUAGUACAUUGAAUGAGGAAUUUAAAACAUUUACGGAUGAAUUAAAAGAAGUUAAAGAGUCGAUGAACUUUAUGAAUAUAAAAUACGAAGAGGUCAGAAAAGAGCAAGCUGAAACUAAGGAAAGAAUGAAGCUUUUGAAAAGUGAGAGUGACAUAGCUAAAGCAAAAUUGAAGGACCUUGAAAGUAGAGUAAAUUAUCUGGAACAAAAUGCACGAGCAAACAAUUUAGAAAUUCAGUGUGUCCCUGAAAAGAAAGAUGAAAAUCUAUUGAAUAUCAUAGAAGAAUUGGGCAAAACAAUAAAUUGUAAGGUCACCACUGAACAAUUAGCUUAUUUUACUCGAACUCCCAAAUUGAAUAAAGAUAACGAUCGUCCAAAAUCAAUAAUAGUUCAAUUCAUAACACCUAAAAAGAAAGAUGCCUUCUUGGCGGCAGCAAUAUCGUUUAACAAAGCUAAUCCAAAUAAUAAAUUAAACUCUUCUCAUGCUGGAAUACCGGGAAAAAUGACAGCAAUUUUUGUUACUGAACAUCUAUCUAUGUCAAAUAAAGCACUUCACGCGGCGGCCAGGCGUGCAGCAAAGGAGAAGAACUAUAAAUACGUAUGGAUUCGAAACUCACGUAUUUUUAUGAGAAAAACAGACAAUUCACCGUACCUUAUUAUCAAAAGCAUGGAGGCGUUGCAAAAUUUGGAUUAA